GUAAUCCGUAACCCACAAGAGAAUGAGCGACGCAAAGAGGAAGGAAGCGGCAGCGGCGGUGGCGGAGAGCACUGCUGGCGGGGACGACGGCGGGGAGAAUGCGGCCAAACGCAGCAAGCUCAUGGAAGAGUCGGCGUCACAGGCCCCUUCCCCUAUAUCAGAUGCAGCGCCAUCGCCGCAAGCUGCGUCGCCAUCAUCCUUGACAGCAUCGUCCACAACACAACUGGCAUCAGCCCAGGAUGAACGCGCCAGCGAUUCUGAGCCCUUGUACAGAUUCAGAUAUGCAGUUGUCUGCAGCAGCAAUCAAAAUCGCAGCAUGGAAGCACAUCUCUUUCUCAAGCAGCGAGGAUUUAACGUGGAGUCAUAUGGCACGGGGAGCUGUGUGAAGAUUCCUGGCCCCUCGAUUGACCGCCCAAACGUCUUUGAGUUUGAUUCUAUCUCCUACGAUGAGAUGUACAAACAACUGGAGGCCCAAAACAAAGCCCUGUACCAGCAAACGGGGAUGUUGGCCAUGCUUGACCGUAACCGCAAGAUCAAGCGCAACCCAGAAAAGUUCCAGCGGGCAACAGACAAGCGCUUUGAUAUCAUCUUAACCUGCGAGACGCGCAUCUUCGAUGAAGUCGUCAGAGACUUGCAACAACGGGACAACACGACGGGCGAGCUUGUUCACAUCUGUAACUUGGACAUCAAGGACACACACGAGUGCGCCACGCAGGGCGCCCUCAACUUUGUACACCUCGCACAACUGAUGGAGGCGACGGACGAUCUGGACGAGGAGGUGGAGGCGGUCAUUGCGCGGUUUGAGGACGACACAGGGGAGGAGCUCAUGCACAGCGUUGCUUUCUAUUAAAUGACAUGACAUCCAA